UGUGUGUCGUUGAAGUAGAAACUUCCUAGUCAAAACUCUGUCGAAAUAACCCUUCCUUUCUCGCGGUUGCAUUUGAAGCCACGCGGUAAAGGAGUCGCCUAGAAGGUUUUGUUUACCAUUAUCUAGCAUUUGAAGACUUCAGAUAGAAGUACCAUACAGUGCUUAGAGAAUUUAAGAACUCCAUUUUGGGGGCAUUUAGCUCCUACCAGUUCCUCUAUAAAUAGUAGAAAGGUUGUUUGGGAGUGAGUGUUCCGUGGGCUUUGCACCCACGGCCAUCCAUCAUCCACCAUCGGGAUCCUCAUGGAGAACGUGGACCUGGUGAACCGCCAGUUCCUCCACCACUUCUCGGAGAGCUUCGACGACUCCUCGCCACCACCCUACUCCGACCAGGAGAAUAGCAGCUCCAGCACCGGCGGCAGGCGGCCGGUCAGGCGACGGCGCAAGUGCGUCGCGCAGCAAGUCCAGCAGCGGCAGGCCGCCAACCUGCGAGAAAGGCGGCGAAUGCAGUCCAUCAACGAUGCCUUCGAGGGGCUCAGGGCCCACAUCCCCACAUUACCCUACGAAAAACGUCUAUCCAAAGUUGACACCCUGCGACUGGCCAUCGGUUAUAUCGGCUUCCUCAGCGAGUUGGUGAACUCUGGAAGACACCCCGCAGACCCUCUACAGAGCCAAGCAGCCGAGCAGCCCAAGAAGGUCAUCAUACAGUGCCACAGAGGUGCCCCUGCUGGUUAUGUACCUCUCGCCGGGCACUCCCUCUCAUGGUCCAGCGAGAAACCUAGUGCUCAGAACGGAAAUGUCAUGGUGGCCAAAGUGUGGACCCCAGAAGACCCUCGGCGUCACAAAUCUGACAGCAGUUCGUCUUUAGGGUCGCCUUUAUAAAGAACAUUCCUAUAAGUUCCAACGAGUCUGUCCUAUGGAGAUUCCUAGAGCUGAUUCAAAAAAAUGUCUACGAGGAACUUUAAAACGUAUCAUUUGCUGAUUGAUUGGACUUUGUAAGACUUCUGGGACAUAAUCUAUGUAUCUAAGACUAAGAAAAAAACUUCAAGGGCCUGAAACAAUUUCCAAAAUCAUCAAAAAUGAACAUUUUAAAAGUUUUGGAAUAAAAGGAGUUACCGAAACAAGGCACUACGGAGAACUCUUUUUGAAACUUCACCAGGCUCCAAGAAAAAGCUCGAAUCAGGACAAACUAUUCCCACCUUAUCUUUGAACUGGGGACAACAGUUCUGGAGAUGACUUGGUCGUGAUCUGUAUAUUAAUUAUUGUACAUUAAAGUUUAUUGUUUGCUUUGUU